UAGCGCCGAUUUCAGUCUCGGUUGAGCCGAACUGAACCCGGCAACCUAGCUUCCUCUCACCGGCUUCUCCGCCACUUUAUUUCGGCCGCGCGCGAUGACAUCAAAAGACAUAAUGGACUCGGAUUGCAUGACGCUCACGAGAUUCGUGUUAGCGGAGCAACGCAAGGUGCCGACGGCGACCGGCGAUCUCACGCAGCUGUUGAACAGCGUACAGACCGCUGUGAAGGCCGUCAGCUCGGCCGUGAGGAAGGCCGGUAUCGCUAACAUGUACGGUAUCGCCGGCAACACGAACGUUCAGGGCGAGGAAGUCAAGAAGCUGGACGUUCUGAGCAACGAGCUCUUCAUCAAUAUGCUGACGUCCUCCUUCGCCACGUGCGUGCUCGUGAGCGAGGAGAACCAGCACGCUAUCGAGGUGGAGACGGAGAAGCGCGGCAAGUACAUCGUGUGCUUCGACCCGCUCGACGGCUCGUCCAACAUCGACUGCCUCGUCUCGGUGGGCUCUAUCUUCGGAAUUUACAAGAAACCCGAACAAUCCGGGGAUACCGCGGUGUCGCAGGCAACCACCUUGCAACCGGGAAGAAACUUGAUCGCGGCGGGAUACGCUCUCUACGGCUCGGCUACCAUGAUAGUCCUCUCCAUCGGUCGCGGCGUUAAUGGAUUCAUGUAUGAUCCGGCCAUCGGGGAAUUUAUACUGACCGAAAGGAACAUACGUAUGCCUGACAGAGGGAACAUAUAUAGUAUUAACGAAGGUAAUGAGAGCAUAUGGGACUCGUCCAUUAAGGAAUAUAUACGAUCAAAAAAAUAUCCCACAAGCGGAAAACCCUACAGUGCAAGAUACGUGGGUUCCAUGGUCGCCGAUGUACAUCGAACGAUUAAAUACGGCGGUAUUUUCCUAUAUCCCGCGAGCAAGAGCAAUCCCAAUGGCAAGCUGCGACUUUUAUACGAAUGCGUACCGAUGGCUUUCAUAAUCAAGGAAGCAGGUGGUCUGGCGACAAACGGCAAGAUUGAUAUUCUGGAUAUCGUUCCGGAGAACAUUCAUCAGAGAUCGCCAAUUUUCUUAGGCUCCAAAGACGACGUUAACGACGUAAUGGCGUAUAUAAAAAAUAAAAACUGAUGAAGAUGGAUCUCAACGAAUGGAAUCUCCCUGGGAAUGUUUAAACUAACGAAUUUUGUACCUUUUUUUAAAUAUUGAUUUGUUUCGCAAUAAACUUAUUUUUUUAUUAAAUUCCGUCCAUGUCGCAUCAAGAACAGCCACAUCAUUUAAAUACUCGAGUAAUUCAUUAUCACUACGGGUAAAUAAUUGAUAAUUAUUAAUUAAUCGAGAUUAAAGUCAGAGAAAACGCACAAAUGUAAUAAAUUUCACGUUGUCAAGCGCUUUUGCAGGUCAUUACGAAUAAUCACGGGCGAUUGUUGACACAAAUCCGGAAAAUUCGAAAAUUUAUCGCAUUCUCGCGAAAUGCUAAAAUUGCACUAAAUGUCAACAUGGCAAAUUAUAAAAUUUAUUUAGCAUCAAUGUAAAUAAACGUAUA